CUGAAAACAAUAAUUACUGGAAAACAAUAAUCGCAAAUCACAACAAUUUAUCAUAAAUUUAAAUUAUUUAAUAUUGACUUUGCACCAUUUUCUAUCCCACGAUCCUUCCCCACCUUUCACGUUCAACGCACGUGAUCACCCCGGCUGCAACCCCAAACAAGCGACUGAUGUGAUCACUUCAGCCACGUUUCACGCUCCCAUGGACCUUUCCUCCGCCAUUACAUUACAGUAUUUACACCGCGAGUCAUGGCGGUUGGGAGGAGGCGCGUGUAUAGGAAAAAAGAAUAGGCGCGUGAUUUAGUUCUGUAGUUCCCCGUUAUAAAAUGUCCCAUCGAAUCUCUCUCUGAUCAGUUUCGCUUUCAAAUCUCUAUUUGUAGUACUGUUGAUGAUGUAGAGAGAAAGAUGGGGAGGAGAAGAGAUAAGGAUCGUUCGCGAUCACAGACGCUUCCUUCAUCGCCGUCUCACUCUUUCUCUUCUUCUUCGUCGUCGGAUUUUGAGUUCACUAUCUCACUCUCUCCACGAAAAACUUCUUCCACGCUCUGUCCGGCUGACGAGCUCUUCUACAAGGGCCAGCUCUUGCCUCUCCAUCUCUCUCCACGCAUUUCCAUGGUCCGAACGCUCCUCUUGGCGUCUUCAAGCACGUCCUCCUCCUCUGACACCACCACCACCGCCUCACGCGACAGCGCUAGCUCGAAUGACUCCAACUCGUCCUCCUUCACCAGUGACCUCACUAUGCUCGCUGCAGAGUGCGACUCCUCCCGGCCAAGCUCCGUCACCGAGGAAGACGAGUUCAAGCGAUUAAACAACAGUAACCAGAUCAAGAAGAGCAAGUACUUUUCAUUGGCGAGAUUCUCUUCCGUGUUCAAGAAGGAUCCGAAGACCCGAGAUCCGACAGACAAUGUAUCCGGAUCCUCGGUUAGAAGAAUGAGCGCGACGGCUAAAGAGGUCAUAAGGAAGUAUAUGAAGAAGGUGAAGCCGUUAUACGAAAAGUUAUCACAGAAACAGCAGCAAAAAAUGGGAGGAACCAUAGAUGCCACGUCAGCAACAGCUCACACAGUCUGUUUGUCUAUGAAGCUGGAGAGAUCCGAUAAGGAUCCGGAUUUAUCAAUCAACAAUCCGAGAAAAGAAAGCAGUAGUAGUGUGUUUUCCCACUCUUUUUCCGGGAAUUUAUGGUAUCCAAGGAGGAGAAGCUGCGUGUCGAGCUGUCCGUCUUCGAUGCGGUCAUCACCGAGUCACUCGGGCGUGCUCUGUCGAACCGGGUAUUCGGGUACGGGCAAGGGGCAAGUUGCCAGUAUUUACAACGUGGAUUCGUCGUCUAUGGAGGAAUUGCAGAGUGCGAUUCAAGGAGCAAUUGCUCAUUGCAAGAACUCCAUGGUGAACAAGAACAUGGUCAGUAAUGAAAUUUAAGAGAAUGAUUAGCAUUAGUUCUAAUCUUAAUUUUAUUUGUUUUGUAACUGUAAUUGUGAAACGCUGAUGAUUUGAGUUUUUCCAUCCGUUAUUUUGGCAUGAAAAUUGAGGUUGGUAGCCUAGUUAAUGAUUUUCUUCAGUCAAACCAUAUGAA